AUGGGUUGGAAUCCUUCGAGAACAACAACUGAUUUGGAGUCGUUGAAAGACAGUGCACUGGCGACCUCCGAACACCACUUGAGGCGCUUACAUAUUUCCGACGACGUCACUUACCCUAUUGAGGUACCGAUCCUGGAUCCAGACCGGAUGAGCGGGGAGAACUACGGUUUUGUGACGUUGAGGGGAGACUUUCCGAAGAUUGGCGUUUCACAACCCAACCCUGGAAACGAGACGUUGGGUGCUUGGACAGCUUUGGGAAGCAGUGAGGAGAAGGGAUCCACCAAUUCGAGAAACGUUUCUCUCAUCCUUGUUGCACUGUAUAUCAGCAAGAGUCUGGAUGACAUCCAUGCUCUCGAACUCGCUACAUACACGACCAAGUACAGCACAGCACGGUACAACGCGAGACAGUACCGAGUCUGGUCAGAAUAUGUUCACGGCGAGCGGUUUUCGACCAAUCUGUGGCAUGACAUGACAAUGCUAAGCCCCUUCUCCAUGGCAAAAGAGCUUCGAGAAACACUGUACGGUCUUCUCGAACGCAGCCCCCCCAGCCGCCCACCCUGGAUCGGACGAUUUGGAAUUUUCGAUGCGGGACCCGCGUUAGUGCUGCUGCAGCUCGCCGGCACCUUAGCACGACACACCAGAUACCUAAUCCUCUGCGGCACCUCGAAGACUCAAGGAGUCGAAAGUUCUGUGCAUACUGUAUACCUAGGAUGCCCACCUAUCGGCCCCGUGCCCGAGCGGUUCAACAAGCAUUCUUUUGCAAAUCAUUGCGAAUCGAGUAAUGGCAACCACCAAAUCCAGCGCGAGGCGCCUGUGGGCAACCUAUGUUUGGAGAGCUUCCCCCCGGCCCCUCGGAAAUCGGGGAUCCAAACAUGGGCGGGGAAAUGUGCGCCACCUCACACACAGCGUUCUGAAUUACAGCUAGAUUCUUGUUUUCUUCUCUUCCACAAACGCUGCACAAUCUACACAUUAGAUGACAUGCUGAGUAAGGGAACCCCUCUUCCAGACUACCUGCCAAAUAUGCUUUUUUGGUUGGGGAGAACCACGGGAAAGAGAGACGAGUAUUUCAAAUACCCAGCUGUAACCAUUGGAAAGAUCCACAGCUUGGGGGAUCUGCUUACCAGCAUCCAUGACAGCGCAGCUCGACAUAUAUUGAAGGCUGAGAUGGACUGGUCCAGCCAGAGGGGCAUCGUCAUCUACCUGGAGCAAGGUUAG